AUGAAUAAAUAUUUGUAUCUAGACAUUUCAUUGUUUCUUUUUUUUUUAUUUAAUUUUGUAUGGAUAAGUUUAGACCCUUUUGAAUCGUGUUUUCAAUAUGUUUAUAAUAUUUCAUUAUUUGAAUAUUCUUUUUUUUUUGGAAUAGAUAGUAUUUCUUUUUUUUUUAUUUAUUUAAGCAUGCUAUUAAUACCUUUAUGCUUGUUAUUUUCUACUGUAAAUAUGAAGUUUAAUAAUAUUAACGAUGUAAUCUAUUAUCAAUCAUUUUUAUUUUUUACAUUAUUCUUAUUAAUUUUUGUGUUUUCUGCUAUGGAUCUUUUAGUUUUUUAUAUUAUGUUUGAAAUAAUAUUAAUUCCUUUUUUUGUACUAAUAGGAAUUAGUAGUUACCGCAAAAGAAGAAUUCAUGCAAGCUAUUUAUUUUUUUUUUAUACAUUAAUUGGGUCUUUCUUUAUGCUUGUAUCAAUAUUAUCACUAUAUUCGUAUACGGGAAGUACUAGUUUUGAAAUUUUGUUAAAUAAUAAUUAUUCACUAAUUAGAGAAAAUAUAAUAUGGUUUACUUUUUUUAUUUCUUUUGCUAUAAAGAUCCCAAUGUUUCCUUUUCAUAUUUGGCUACCAGAAGCUCACGUAGAAGCUCCUACAGAAGGUAGUGUACUAUUAGCGGGUGUCCUAUUGAAAUUAGGAAGUUAUGGCUUUUUACGUUUCUUAAUGCCUUUAUUUCCAGUAUCUACAUAUUAUUUUUGUCCAUUAGUACUAUUGAUAAGUUGUAUAGGCAUUUUCUAUACGUCUUUUGUGACAUUGAAACAAAUAGAUAUUAAACGUAUAAUUGCUUAUUCAUCUGUUUCGCAUAUGAAUGUUUGUGUACUAGGUCUCUUUACGUUUACUAGUAUUGGUAUUGCUGGUAGUAUUCAUUUAAUGCUUGCGCAUGGGAUUGUUUCUGGGGGUUUCUUUUUUUUAAUUGGGAUGUUAUAUAGUAGAACACAUACUAAAUUGAUUAAGUAUUAUAGUGGUUUAAUAUAUACUAUGCCUAUUUUUUCAUUUUUUUUAUUUAUUUUUACAAUUAGUAAUAUAAGUUUUCCAUUAACAAGUAAUUUUAUAGGAGAAUUUUUAAUAAUUAUAAGUUUAUUUUAUUCGUAUAAUUAUCAUUCGUUAUCAAUUGCUUUGAUAGGUAUUUUUAUAUGUACUAUUUAUUCUUUAUCGUUAUAUAAUAGAUUAAUUUUUAUGGUCCCUAAAUACAAGUAUCUAAAAUUUUUUUAUGAUUUAGGAAUGUUAGAGAUAAGUUUAUUGUUUAUUCUUUUAUUUUUUAUUUUGUGGAUGGGAAUAUAUCCAUAUUCUAUUUUUUCUUUACUAGAGAAUAACAUAGUUUAUUUUUAUAAUGAUCUUUUAUAUAAAUAA